GCAGAACUUGCACAUGCGUUACUUAUAACUGAAGUGAUUGUGUACCAGGUCCAGAGUUGUUACUAUCACUAAAGCUGUGCCUGCUACUGAUGAUGAUUGUGUGCAAUCUUUGAGUAAGCUAGUGAGGUUACAGAUACAUUGGAAGCAAGUCACUGUCUGAAAUGAGUGACAAUCUUGCUAGACGACUCUAUUGGGCUAGUAGUGGUGGCCUUGACCAAGAAGUGCUUGAGCUGUUACAGAGAGGAGUUCCACCCAACAGUGACUACUACACUAGAGUGUGUGAUGGAGAGACUCCACUACACUGGGCAUGUGCUGACAACCAUCUCCGCUGUGCAGAACUACUCAUCAAGUUUGGAGCUAUCGUAGCUGCUACAGCUAACGAUGGUUGGACCCCCUUACACAAGGCAUGUUACUACAACAAUAAGGCCACUGCUAAGCUGUUACUGGAGCACCACUGUCCCCCAGAUAUCGAGAAGAGUUCCAGUGGUGGACAGACUGCUGCUGAUCUGGCCAGAGAGAGGGGGCACCGUGCCUUGGCUGACUAUUUAGAGGGGUUCUAGCCUGAACCUAGACUAAGAGAUCCUCUGUCCUCGUACCCAACACUGGAACAGCUGAGUCAGCUGGAAUGUGACCAAUGGCUUCAACUUGGUGUUCGCUUGGGAUUGGGCAAUGACCAACUGGAAACCAAGAGCCAACAUCCCACAGCAGCAACUCUCA